AUGAAUUUUUACAUAUUAGGCUACAUUAUGUACAGUAAACAAAAACAUCAACAUCGAUAUCAAGCUAUGUCGGUCCCAGAGGUGCUAUCGAUCCGCAAUUGUGCUUUUGAAAUUUUUGGAUUAUUAGGAAUAAAAGGCAGACUCCUGAGGAAAGGUAGUGAGUGGAAUAUCCUGCUUGUCCACUUGGGAAAAGUAUAAGCAUCCUCAUCAUCAAUGUUUUCCUCUCCAUGAUAACCAUCGGACCCCUGUAGUAGACCACGCUGUUGCAAAGUGGCUCCUGGCACGGUGUUGUCCAGAAUCACAGCCACUACACCUCCAACAAGCAUUUUUAUGCUUAAUAACAUGUUGACAAUUUGAUCCCAUUCUUGGUUACCUGAAUUAAACGGCGAUCUUUCGAGGUGA